GCGAUGCGCGGUUGAAUCGGUUCGUUCCGGCAAUACUGGCUGUGUCGGCAAUGGCGACCAACCCCUAGCCACUGCGGCGUUUUCGAUCAAAGUUAACCCCUUGAAGCCGAACAAACAUGUCCACCGUCGCCUACAUUGGAGCCUCUCGAGGAGUCGGUUUUGCAGCCUACGCCGAUCUCGCUGCUGCUCGUCACAACAUACGAAGCGUGUUGAUGCUACGAAGGCCUGAUGUUCUCAAAGAUUCGCCAUCCUACCUUUCUCUAGAUGCCACAAUCAAGGAGAGGACAACGUUGUUGAUGGGUGACGCCCAUAACUCUGACAGCGUUAAGGGGCUUUUGGACGAGUGUGGUCCGGAUCUCAAAGUCAUCGUAUUUAGCAUUGGGUUUACCCCUCCAAGCGGGUUUUUGGCCGCGACGAAAGCUAUUGCCAAGGGGUUUCCCAUUGACCCGCCUGAUCUCUGCUCCAGGGGGUUUAUCAUUCUUCUCCAGGCGCUUCAACAGAGGCAUGACUCAUACGCAUCCAAGCCAAAAAUAGUUCUUGUAAGCUCAAUGGGGAUGGGGAAAGUCGCCCACGGCACCAUUCCAUUCGCUCUUCGCCUCCUUUACACCACAGUCCUCGAGCAUCCCCACGCUGACAAAAUAGCCAUGGAAGUUACCCUCUCCAAAGCCCUUCUUCCCUCAUCAUCAUACCCUCACUUCUUCCCAUCCCCAUCCGAGAUUAGUCCGAUGGUGACGACCGCAGGUGACAUUGACGCCGUGAUUAGCCCAUUCAUCGCACCUCAGGAUGUAUGUGUGGUUCGGCCGGCGCUCUUAACUGAUGACGCGGCAAAGGGAAAGGAGAAAUACCGUAUUAUCCAGGAGGGGACUGGACGAGAGGAGAGUUCAGGCAAGGGGAUGUACUCAAUUUCCAGGAAGGACGUCGGAGGCUUCAUUGCAAGAUUGUUAGGAGGUGAUGAUGAUGUACAGAAAUGGUGGGGAUGUCAGCCAGUACUUGCAUACUAGGAGCCCGUGCUUCCAGUAUACGGAUGGACUGCCUCCGCUCCCUUUCUAUUGCCCGCAGAUUAGCGUAUUUCAGGCCAGAAGCUUGCCUUCACGAUCAGAAUUGACUGUGCUCGGGGAGGAUAGAACAAUUCGCAAGUCAGACACGCCCUGUUGAAAGUAAGGUCGACGUGCCUACGUUUCCGCGCACGGCCGUUUCCCCCCAAGAUAUCUUCACUAUUCCCUUCUU